AUGGCCACCGCAGUUGAGGCAACUGCCAAAGCCUUGGAGACAGCAACCAUCUCCAAAACCAAGGAGUUGAAGGGUGCAAGUACCCCGCUAUCCCCACCAACGACCCCAUACUGACUGAGUGUUUUGCAGACAGAAAAAAGAGACACCCUCAUUGCGAUUGAGAAAAAGUACCAAGCAAAAUGGCAGGAAGAUGGUGUAUUCGAACCCAAUGCGCCAACCACCAGCGAGGUGCCCCUCGAUUCUAUUACCGCCACCGAGUUGCGCAAGCAAACCCCCAAGUUCUUUGGUACAAUGGCAUAUCCAUACAUGAACGGAACUUUACAUGCAGGCCACAGUUUCACGGCGAGUAAAAUCGAGUUCGGUACUGGUUUUGCGCGGAUGCAAGGAAAGAGAAGUUUGUUUCCCUUAGGCUUCCAUUGCACUGGUAUGCCUAUCAAGGCAUGUGCAGAUAAACUUAUAAACGAAAUCAAGUUAUUUGGUCAGGAAUUCGAGCGAUAUUCAGACGACGACGUCGUGGAGGAGAAGAAACCUGCAGCAGAUGCACCAGCCGCCAACGAAGAUGUCUCGAAAUUCAAAGCAAAGAAAGGAAAGGCAGCGUCCAAGGUAGUCAAGAUGAAGUACCAAUUUCAGAUCAUGAAAGCCUUAGGAAUACCUACCUCGGAGAUCUAUCGAUUUUCAGACCCACAGUAUUGGUUGGAAUAUUUCCCUCCUCUAUGCAAGCGGGAUCUUACCAACUUCGGAGCACGAAUUGACUGGCGAAGAUCUUUUGUUACGACAGACGCAAACCCAUAUUAUGAUGCAUUUGUAAGAUGGCAGAUGAACCGACUGAAGGAGUUGCAGAAAAUCAAGUUUGGAAAGCGAUACACAAUUUACUCGCCAAAGGACGGACAGCCUUGUAUGGACCACGAUCGUAGCGAGGGAGAGGGUGUUGGCCCACAGGACUACACAGCUCUAAAACUAAAAGUCAAGGAGUGGGCACCGGAAGCUGGAGAGGCCAUCAAAGGCAAGGUUCCUGAGGGGUCUGAUGUAUUUUUCGUUCCUGCGACUCUUCGACCAGAAACUAUGUAUGGACAAGUCUGUUGUUUUGUGGGGCCAACGAUCAAAUAUGGCGUUUUCAAGGUUUCUGAGAAGGAAUAUUUUGUGAUUACUGAUCGAGCAGCUCGAAACAUGGCUUAUCAAGGCAUCUUCCCUGAAAAUGGCGUUUUUGAGAAGGUUGCGGAGUUGGUUGGUUCGUCUUGCGUUGGUACUCUUGUGAACGCCCCUCUUUCCGUUCACAAAGAAGUUAGAAUCCUUCCAAUGGAGUCGGUUCUUCCAACAAAAGGUACAGGAGUCGUUACUUCGGUUCCAUCUGACAGUCCAGAUGAUUUUGCUACGGUCACAGAACUUGCAAAGAAGGCAGAUUAUUAUGGUAUCAAGAAGGAAUGGGUAGAUUUGGAGAUCAUUCCAAUCAUCGAAACACCAUCUUAUGGUCAACUCACCGCACCUUUCCUCGUCAAAAAGAUGAAGAUCUCUUCGCCAAAAGACACCAAGCAGCUCGAGGAAGCCAAAGCUCUUGCCUAUAAAGAAGGUCACUUCCAAGGUAUCAUGGUGCAUGGUGAGUUUACCGGGGACAAAGUAGAGGAUGCCAAACCAAAGGUUCGCCAACAGCUUAUUGAUGCUGGUGAUGGAUUUGCGUAUUCCGAGCCGGAGAAGAAAGUUAUCAGCAGAUCAGGAGAUGACUGCUGCGUCGCGUUAAUGAACCAGUGGUACAUUGACUAUGGAGAAGAGAGCUGGAAGCAAGUUGCCUUGAAACAUGUGGACAACAAGGAUGGAGAGGGUUUGAACACCUACACCGCCGAGACGAAGAAUGGUUAUGAAGGUGUUCUAAAUUGGCUCAACCAAUGGGCUUGUGCUAGAACCUACGGUCUUGGAUCUAAGCUCCCCUGGGACCCUCAAUUUUUGGUUGAGAGUUUGAGUGACAGCACGAUCUAUAUGGCUUACUACACAAUUGCACAUUUCCUCCACAAAGACAUUUUUGGGAAAACACCCGGUUCAGCAGGUAUUGGUCCAGAAAAGAUGACUGACGAAGUCUGGGACUAUGUCUUUGCUCGUCGCGAGUUGGGUGACGAGGUCUUGAAUUCUGGGAUUUCAAAAGAAUGGAUUGCCUCAAUGCGAAGAGAAUUCGAGUAUUGGUACCCAUUGGACCUUCGAGUUUCAGGAAAGGAUCUCAUUCCCAACCAUCUUACUUUCUUCCUCUACAUCCACCUUGCCAUUUUCACGCCUGAAUACUGGCCAAAGGGUGUUCGUGCCAACGGACAUUUACUAUUGAACGGAGAGAAGAUGAGUAAGUCGACCGGAAACUUCAUGACUUUGGACGACAUGGUCAAGAAAUACGGCGCAGAUGCAAGCAGGAUUGCUUUAGCAGAUGCUGGAGAUGGAGUUGCCGAUGCCAAUUUCGAAGAAGAUGUUGCUGAUAACAACGUUCUCCGUCUCUUUACUCUUCGCGAAUGGAUUGAAGAGCAAGUCAAAGAACAAGAUAGUCUUCGUACAGGCCCUAAGAAUGACUUCCUGGAUGCCCUCUUCGAGAAUGAAAUGAAUACACUUGUCGACGAAGCUCGGGGUCACUAUGAAGAAACCAACUACAAACUCGCCCUUCAAUCUGCACUUUACAACUUUACUUCAGCUCGUGACUUCUACCGUGAAGCUUCUGCUGCAGCCGGCCUCAAGAUGCACAAGGACCUUGUCUUCAAGUACAUCGAACUUCAAGCCCUCCUACUUACCGUCAUCGCCCCUCAUUGGUCCGAGUACAUCUGGCUCGAGGUCCUCAACAAACCAUCCACCAUCCAAAACGCCCUUUAUCCAGUGGUACCAGCACCCGUCGCAGGCUUGUCAGCGGCAAGAGUUUACGUUCGUGUUACAUCCUCAAAUAUCACUUCUGCUGAGGCAGCUUCACAAAAGAAGAAGGCCAAAGGCAAGGAUAUUGGCUACGAUCUCACCAAACCCAAGAAACUCACAAUUUUCGCUGCUGCAAAAUUCCCAGCUUGGCAAGAGAAAUAUAUUGAUUUGGUUCGAGAGGCGUGGAACCCAACGACUAAAUCCGUCAAUGAUAAGGAACUCAAUGGAAAGAUAUCCAAGAUGGGAGAGAUGAAGAAAGCUAUGCCUUUCGUUCAAGGUCUCAAGAAGCGUCUUGUAGGCGGCGAGUCACCGGAAAAUGUCUUUGAGCGUAAACUUGCUUUUGACGAGAUAUCCACUUUGAAGAACAUGAUUCCUGGUCUCAAGAAGGCAGCGGGUCUUAAGGAGGUUGAUAUCGUGAGUGUAGGAGAGGGGGGUAAGACUGGAAAGGUUGUCGGUGGUGACGGAGAGGGUAAGGAUACCGAGGCUUUACCUCCAAAUGCUGAGGCCGCUGUUCCUGGGGUUCCAACUUGCCAUUUUGAGAACGUGGAGUAG